UUUAUUAUUGCUAUUUCAAAGCCCGCCUCAGUAACGUACAGCACGUAUUAGCCGCAACGUUUACGCAAAGGGAAAUGUACCAAUCACAGUGUGCGUAAGUGACCUUCAAGUGCUCAGCCUCUCCAAAAAGCAAUUUGUGCCGCUAUCCUCCAUCGCCAAAAAGCCAUGUGGAUACCUCCAGUUUGUGAUAACCCUCCACCUCUUAAUAUUGAAGAUGAGCUGCUUCCUUCAACACUUGGGACCAAAAUGCCUACUGUCUCUGCCUCCAGUAGUUCAAGUAGUGACAAUCAAGAGAACUCACAAUAUCAGGCAGCGAAUACUAGAAUCAGAUCUCAAUUCUAUCCUGUUCCGGUAAUCAGUAGUUUAUUUGUUUUUUGUUUGUUCUAUUGUGAGCGUGUUGCUGAGAUUGACCUUUCGCGAGUUGAUAUGUGUAAAAUGAUUUAAUGAUUCAAUUCAGUUAGGUGACUUGAUUCCCAGUUGAGUCGUCUGUAUGGAGAAGUAUUACUUUCAAGUGGGUACUCAGCGUUUCAUAUAUGUCUCUGAAAAUGUAGGCAUGUUUGUUUCAGACGGAAGGACUAGUUCGUCAACGUAUCUACUAUUAGGUAGUCUUAUGGAUACCAAGUAACUGUUGUGUAGAUUAAAUUGCACGAUUAUCCGUGUGGUCUAGAGUUGACGGGAUUCAUAAAAUUCACUGUAGAAAAUUUGGAAGUGAAGGCGUUCACUUGGUAGAUUAAGAAUCUGGAUUAACGAUCGUAUUGAUCAGCUAUAUGAAAACGUAGAUUUCGUCAUGAGUUUGGAGAGUGGUACGUGAUCAUGACUAUAUUUUCGAUGGGAAUUCAUGUAGAAGGCUUCUGACCAUUGUUUUGCCGCCCAAGAUGAUUGAGACUUUGUGUUCAGUGAUUUCAUCACUCUAACUGCCAUGCCAUAUUUUCAAGAAAGGAUUUGAUAGCGGUUGUGGUAUUUAGGUUAUGGAGGACCGAAUACUCACCUCCUGAAGUACUUAGUGUUUAUAGGCAUUGUAGAAAGUCGGUCUUUGAUUGUGAAUAUUUGGUUUCAGUUUUAUCCAGGUGAAUUAAAUGUUUUUGACCACUCUGAUUUCUAGCGUGCCAGAUGCUUGUCGUCUCCAUAUCAAGUCUUACCGUCUUGCGGAACAACAGUGUAUUUGUAUACGUGGACUGUUCCUGCACCUGAUGUCGUUGCCGACCUUUGCUGUGUGGCGAAGACUUGUUUUGCAAAGGCAGACGGAGCUAUUGGGCUUUUGUUUUCGAAACCGAUUUCCAAGAAAGAAUAUGUUUGUCGAAUUCCCCUGUAUUUGACACGUGGUAUGGCUCGUUCGCGUGUCCGAUUGGUUGGGAAGCUUACACUUAGUCAACGGGAAUUGGACAGCAUAAAGUCAGCUCACUCAGUGAUAUGUGAACUGAUUACAAAUAUAGCCCAUUUGUCACAUGUUGGUCACAAACCAUCGAGUCAAGCUCUUUGCGAUCUUAUGGAGAAAGAGAAACAUUCAAAUGAAAUUCCUGAAAGUGUUCGUGUUACAGUUACCGACCGAUUUACUGAUAUGUUGUUCAGUCCUGAGAAAGCUAAUAUUCUGGCAUUGAUGACGUUAAUUCAGUUACCAGCGUGUACUAUAGAUCAUAAAGCCAUUGAGAGUCUAUUGAAUUGGUCAAUUUGUCAUAAGAAUUCAUUCUCUUCGGACAUUGAAGACAACACUAGUGGAUCAGUGAAGAUCAAACCAGUCCGUGGUAUUUUGCCCAGUUGGCAUGUCAGGCUGAAUCAAAUACCUGCAGAAGAUUGGGUUGGUUUAGUAGUCAGGCCUAUCCACCUUCAAGAUAGCGAUCCUAGUAUGUUUUUGAUUUCAGAAGUUUGUUCAGAAACUCCUGUAAGUUGUGUUCCGCAGUAUUUGGCUUCGAAAGUUUGUAACGCAGAAAAUGUUGAAGAAGUAUCAGUAAUGACCUAUUUCGAUUUCUACAAAAUGAAGUGUCCGCUGACGAGAGGUCUAGCCAUUGAUAUUUCAAUGCCAUUGUGCAAGGCGUCACGACUCACGCGCCAUCAAAGUUGCACCCAAGUUACUGCUGGCCUGCGAAGGAGUGAGUCACUUCCAAGACAGUCAGUGUUUGUGUGUGAAGGGUGUUUAGUACACCCAUUAUCUUCGUGGCUUUGGUUUCUGGUGUCCACGAUACCUGCAGUUCUUUAUCAGAUGACGAGAGCAUUGUUGGCAUCAGAGUUGUUCACAGAUUUGGCAGCUGAGUUAAAGAAUCCCCAACCAUGCUGUCAAAGGACGCACCUAUCCAGUAUGACAGAUGAUUCUCUUUCUCCUGUGACCAUUUUUGUGCCUGACCGUCUACGUGACGCUGAUUUCCCAAACGGCAAAGCGAUUAACGCAACUAAACUUGAUUUUAAAGUAGAUAAACUAACUUCAGAAGAAGAUCGGGAGAUGGAUGAUGUGGCUGCAAGUGAAUACAAGGGCGUUGCAACUGUUUGUCCUCAACCCAGUGACUUGAUUGAGCCAACUACGCUGUUGAGUGCUCGUGAUGCAGUGAAUCUCGAGCGUUUAGAAUUUUAUGGUGAUUCGUUUCUUCAUUUGAUAUCUACACUGAGUGUUUACGGCACCAGUCCACAGGAUGCUGAUGAAGGAUACUUAACCUGGAAAAGAACUUCACUUAUAUCAAAUGCUCACCUUUGUGAUAUUGCUCGAGGUCUGGCAUGGUAUAGAUAUUGUACUGGUCAAAUAUUCUCUCCGUCAAAACAUUUUGUACCUCCGUGCUACACUGUUUCAUCUGAGGUUUCUGAUUGUGAUACUCGUUUAUAUACUCGCCUGUGUGACAAAUCCUUAGCAGAUAUGGUGGAAGCCUUGUUAGCAUGUUUUUUGGUGCACAUUGGGCUGCCAUCGUCUGUAAAUCUCUUACACUAUCUCCAAAUAUGUCCAGUGAAUUGGGAUACAAUUAAGUGUGACGAAAAAUAUAGGAUUGAUGCUCCAUGGCAUUGCCUUCUUCACUCAGAAAGUGAUAUUGCUAGCAGUUCAAAUUCCAGACGCCACCUUCUCCGUGUAUCAUCACAGAAUUCACUGACCACUUGCAAAUAUCAAGAUCUCAAUGAGAAAUAUUUUGAUUUACAAUUGAAAUUGGAUUAUCGCUUUAGAAAUAUUGAAUUACUUGCUACAGCUAUGACACACCAGUCAUCAACUAACACAGAGUACUGGGGAAAUUAUCAAAGAUUGGAAUUUCUCGGUGAUUCGGUUAUGGGUUUCAUUGUGAGCAAUCACCUGUUCAGAAAGUGUCCUCAUGCUUCUCCAGGUAAACUGAGCGAAAUGCGAUCCACAAUCGUGAGUAAUAACAAUUUGGCCGACACUGUAGUCGAGCAUCAACUAUAUGAAUUUAUUGACUCUGGGGUUUGUGAUAUAAAGCCGUGCAUUGAUGAGAUACAAAGUAUUCAUCAUCAAACCGAUUCGAUUUGUGAACGUAUCGAGCUACUGAUGAAGAAGGUUGUUGAGGGAUUGAAUGUCAAAAUUUUGGCCGAUGUAUUUGAAUCAAUUCUCGGGGCGAUUUUUGUGGAUAGUAACGGGAAUCAUGCUGUGUUAUCAUCAAUUAUUUUACGAUUCUUAGGCAGAAGUAUUAAUUAUUGGAUUGACAAACUACUGAAGAAUCCAAAUCAGCAACUUCAUUCAUCGCAGGACGGUACUGUUGCUCUCAGUUCACGGAAUAGUCAGAAAAGAAAUUCAAACAAUACGGCAUCGGAUUCAAAUGAUGGAGAUAAUAUUGAGUCAAUUGCAUGGACUUCUGGUAAACGUAUCUGUGUCACUGGGAAUAUACGAAAUGAAACCCGCCUUCAUUUAGCUGAAACUUUGGCUAUAUCAGAGGAGAAUAAAGAGAAUGUCAUGAUUUCCGAUGAUUAACUAUGCAUGUCGUUAUAGUAGUUGAGAGUGGAUGGGGUGGAUGAUGAAUUUCAACAUUUUCUGCAUUUUAACUGAUUGACGCUUCGCUUGUUACCGUACCGAUGAAGAUUUUAUUUUCUCUUAUUUUUUGUACUAGUUAUAUCUUUAUUUACUCUCGAAAGAGAAUGAACAAAUAAACAUUUUGAUUCAGUGAA